AUGCCUCCCAGAUGCCUGCCACUCCUCCUCCACAUCCGCUCCUACACAACACCCUCCAGCAAACCGAUAGUCCACAUCCCCUCAAACUCCUCCAUCUACGCUUUCGGCUCGCCCGCCCGCUCACGUACGCCGCUGAUUCACGAUAUAAGCUGGACGGUGCGCGAGGGCGACGCGUGGGCCGUCGUCUCGGGGAGUGGGAGUGGGGGUGGAGGGAAGGGCGCUGUGUUCAAGACUCUAUUGGGCCAUACGAGGAUCGCACCACCCACCCAAGGUGCACAAGCCGCCUGGGCUCACGCUGGCGGGCUGUACCCGUUCCUCUCCUCGCCCUCGGAGUCGGUCGACCCAUACACCAAAAUCGCGCUUGUCUCCUUCCGACAACGCUCCUCCGGCGGUGGGUCAGGCGCGUUCUUUGACUAUACCGCGCGGUACGGUGCGCUGUGGGAGGCGGAGGAUCGAGUCACUUUACGAGGGUCGCUCGGCGACCUGACCGCUGAGAAGAAACCGUUUUUUGAGGAGCUAACGAGUAGGAUGGGUUUGGAGGAUCUACUGGAUUUGCCGCUGUUGGCGCUGAGCAACGGACAGACGCGCCGCGCGCGUAUCGUUAAAGCGAUCCUUGACGAGCCCGAGGUUCUCUUGUUGGACGAGCCGCUGACCGGCCUCGACCCGCCCUCCCGCUCCGCCCUCACCGCCGUCCUCGCCCACCUCCACGAAGCAUCUUCCCCGCGCAUCCGGGUAAUAAUAGGCCUAAGGAAGGGCGAGCACAUCCCGGCGUGGGUCACUCACGUCCUCGAGGUGGGGGAUGGGCGGGCUGUUGUGCGGAGUCCUGGGUUGUAUUAUCAGGGCGUUGGUGGUGGGGUUGGUGGGUUAAGGAAGGAGGGAGAGAAGAUGGGAGAGCAGGUGGGGAAGGCGGAGAUAAGGAGAGGAAGGAUAGGAGAGGUGCUGGUCGAUAUGAAGGGUGUGAACGUGUCGUAUAGGGAGCGGAAGGUCCUGCAAAAUAUAAACUGGCAGAUCCGACAAGGCGAGCGGUGGCACCUCCAGGGCGCGAACGGCUCUGGGAAGACGACCCUCCUCGCCCUCCUGACAGGGGACCACCCUCAAUCCUAUACCCAGCGACACCUGUUGCUACCUUCCUUUUCUCCAUCUUCUUCCUCCUCCUGCUCUUCCACAAACUCUUCUCCCUCCGCCUCUCCCUCGUCCCCAUCUACCACUCCCUCGGACACCCCUAACCAGACAUCCGAAACCAACACCAAGCUAGCACCUGCGCAUACACUCCAGCCCCGCAAGCGCACACCAACCGCCCACCUCCGCCGCCUAAUCGGUGUCGUCUCGCCCGAGAUGUUCGACGCCUUCCCGCGGCGCCACCCAGGGAUGAGCGUCUGGGAGGCAGUGGGGACGGGGUUUGAUGGGGGGUUCGUGCCGAGGACGAGGGGCGCUGCGCGGGCGCUGGGAACAAAGGAAGGGGGAAAGGGAGACAAGGGAGGGCAAGGAGGUGUUGGGUGGGUGGACGUGAGUGACGAGGAGGUGGACCUAGCUCUCGCUUCGGGGUUGGAGGGGGUUAAGUUGGAGGGGGUGGAUUUAAAGGGAAAGGAGGGAAAGGAUGGGUUAGAGGACGAGGACGAAGAGAGGAGGGAAGAAGUGAGGAAAUGUCUCCGAGAGUGGCGCGUAGAGCGAUGUUGGGAGGUCCUCUCUGCCCUGGGACCUGCUGCUUACGCCCCUGCUCCUUCUCCCUCUCCCUCGCCCUCUUCUCCCUCGCCCUCUCCUUCUCCCUCUCCCUCCUCUCCCUCCUCCUCCCUCUCUCCCACCCCCGCCCUCUCUCCUUCUUCCCAACCUUAUCCAACACCCCAAACCAUCGCCUUCGCCCGCACACCCUUCACCUCCCUCGCGCCCGGCGAACAGCGGCUCGUCCUGCUCAUGCGCGCGCUCGUCGGGCGGCCUCCGAUCGUUCUUUUGGACGAGGUGUGGAGUGGGAUGGAUGGCGGGAUGGUUAGGGCUGCGAGGGCUUAUCUUCGAGGUGAGGGCGAGUCUACGGACGAGCCUGGGGAAGAGGUGGAGGGGGGAGGGGCAAAGGGAGGUGAGAAAGAGGGACAAGGAAUGAGGGGAGUGGAUGAGACUCAGGCGGUCGUCGUGAUCACGCAUUGGGAGGAGGAGGUGCCGUGGGAGGGGGAGGAGGUGAGGCGGUUCAAGUUGGGCUAA